AUGGAGAAGACAAAUUUUAGUGAAAAAAUGAACACCUUCCUGGAGGGCAAAAAAAAGAGGGAGGAAAUUUUAUCCGCCCAGAAGGAAAGAAAAAAAAAAUAUUUCGAUAAGAGUAAUUUUAUAGAACGGAGGAAUGAUGAAUUGGCAAAAAAUUAUGUGAACGUAAUUGCAGGGGAGCAAGUGACACACCGGACGGACAACAUUGCACAAAUCAUGAAAUAUGUAGAAGCGCAUGCGGAGAGGAGCACUGGAAAAACCUUAGACGAGGAAAACGAAUCCAAUAAACAGUACAACCGAGUGAAUGACAUGGAAACACAGCGGAAGGAAAGUAAGACGGGAUAUAACCACGGAAGAGAUACGGUGAACAUCCAAGGGAACAGACAAACUGAGCCAAGUAUUAGUAUAAAAAACUCAGCACAAAAUGGGGGAUACGCAAACGAACUCUCCCUACACAACGCCAUGAACAUCCCAAUAGAAAAAAUGAAGAAAGUACGAAUAAAAAGCACCCACAGAUAUUUGAACAAAGCAGAAGACGAAUCAUAUAUACUGAUAAAGAACUACCACAGAGAGGUCGAUAACUUCAUAGAGGAAAUAAAAAGAGAAACGUUCUUAAAGGCGAAUUUACUAAAGAGCGAAAUGGAGAACAUGCUAAUCCAGGUGGAAAGACUCACACAAGAAGCGCUUGACUUAAAGUGGGAUACGGGGGAUCCAUCACCAAGCGAAAAAAACUCGGAAGAAAAAAUGGAAAAUAACAACUUCUAUGUUACAUACUACACAAUUUUGAUGGAAUUAAAAAUUUGUGAAAGGUUCAUUCCACCAAAUGACAACACAGUGGAUAGCCCCCAGUUCAGUAGCACACUCAUCAUGAAAGACUGUUCGGAAAAUACAAAAAAAUGCAUACUAAAUGAAAUAAAAAAAAAGGUAGAGAAAAAAAGAGAGAACAUCAAGGAGAAAUGGGACUGCGUACAAAAUCUAUUUACCAAUUUGAAUGAAAAAAUGAAAAAAUUUAUUUGCCAUUUUGAGAAGGAACACGAAAAGGUAAUAAAAGCAAUCAGUCAAAGUACUCAACGUCUGGAAACAAAAAUGAAUGGAAAAAUAUUUUUCACCACAGAGCAAACUUCUCAAAUUAUUAAUACGGAAGUGGAAAGGGGAAGACAAUUUUUUCUGGAAUUUCUCAAUCAUUUUAAUGAUUACGUAACGAAGUCGUAUAAUUAUGUGUACGAAAAAUAUCAUCGAUGUGAAUAUUUUUUCCUCCAUCACAUCCUUCACGAGCAGAGUUAUCAAGACAUCUGCUCCGUCUACUCCACCAUUUCGCAAAACUAUUUCAAGAAUUUAUCCAUGGAUAAAGUUUUUAAUCAUCUCAUUGCUAUGUUCGAAGAUAACUACAACGCUGCGUACGCCAGAAGGGUUAGCUUCCCACCUGACCACUUCUUCAUCGGAUUCUUAGCCCCACAGGAGGAGGUAACAGUACAAGGGAAAACGGAGAAAGAAACAGAGCGUAGGGUAGCGAAAGACCACCAACAGCACUGCGACGACAUUUACCAGAAUGCAAAUAAACAAUAUGAGGAGUACCUCAAAAGGUAUGAGGAGAUAAAAACAGAAAUGGUUCGCUACAGGGAGGUCAUCCUACAAACGUUCUUCCAUUUGGACAACUUCGCGGGCGCUGUUGGAAGUGGGGAGGGAACACCAUCGCCAGGAUCGGAGGCGUCCAAGACAACAACGAAGGUGAAAACUGAGGAAAGACCACCCUGGAGAGUUGCUCCAAAGAGGGCUCCUCGAAGGUUUUCCCAAAAAUUGAUCAGAAAGGCGCAGUGCGCUGAGAAGGAGAAACAGACAGACACCAUCCCUGGAGGGGCCAACUUGGUACCAAAAGGGAAUGUACUAGGAGAAGUAAAAAGGGAAGAGUACACAGAGGGAAGACAAGAAAGUAUAGAGGAGAACAUAAAAAAAGACAACCUCCCUGAUGUUAUCACCAUGGAAGACGAUCCAAAUGGAGUACCCCCAAAAAAUGAUAAACACACUCAGAAAAUAAUCCUCGCACAAAUUUGCAGAAACAAAAAUAUUUUCAAAAAAAUGAUAAACGAUAUUUUGGCAUAUUAUAACAUGCUUAAUUUGCGAGACGAUUAUUUCCUACUUUCUUUUUUCUCCAUUUUGGAAACUUUAAAAAGUGAGAUACUGUUGAUGAAGUCGUACGUUGAAAAAGAAAUAAAUGAAUCUGUCAGAAAGUGCAAUGAACAGGAUCGUGUGUUCCUUUGCAACAUUGAAUCAUUGCUCAGGGAGUAUAAUUCCGUUGUGAAAAAAUGUCUGCAGUGUAAGGACCACUUGUUGAUGAACAAGUUACUAAGCAUUAAAGACGAAGCGAAGAAAAAACUGGAAAGCUAUGUAAAGCGUAUGGAAGAGGAAACUCGCACUAUUAACGAGGCUCUCAUCGCCAAGUCUAAAGGCCUUUGGGAGGAUUUCUUUUUCGCCACUUUGAGGAAAGCCAAAGUGAUAAGCGCAGAGGGGGAGGCGCUAUCUCUUCGGAGGGCUAACGAAGGAUCCUCCAUAAAUGACACUACAAGUGAAGGAAAGCACAGUAAUAUAAAAGGCCAACAAAAAAUAAACAGAGAUGACAAUGAAAGGAACGUAAUCAGACAGUUAGUCGGGGAAAAACAUACAUACACGUACUAUGGGGGGAAUAUUUGGUACCACACGUAUACCAGUUAUAGGGGUAGCAUGAUGUGGCUACUACAUCAUGGUAGAGACAUUCCAACUGAUCUCAAAAGGAUCGUCAAAGGGAAGAAUCCAUCUACCAUCGAAUCAGGAAAAAAUACCUCCUAUGUAGCGCAUAAAAAGGGUAACAGUAUAAACACAAACAUUGCGCAGAUUAGGAGGGAAUACAUUCAGCAGAAGAGGGAAUGGAAAAAGGAAAAUCUCUUUGACACUCAUGUUAAUCCCGACGGGACAACGCAUACAUUACCUAACGUUCCAAAGUUAUAUCCACCUGACCAAUUGCUCUUCAACGAGGACCACCUAAAACAGAUUUUCGAAGAAUUUACGUCAACCUACUAUGAUCGCUUCAAAGAAAUUCUCUUCGAACACCUGCUAAAAGCAAAAAUGAAAUCCGAAAGCGAAUGCAAAAAAACAUACCAAGAAAUGAAUGUUAAGCAGUUGGAAGAGCAAUUCCGAAGAGACGAAGAAAAAAUCAAAGAGGUAGCCAUCAAGCUAGAGGAGAAAUUUGACGCAAAUAAAAAAACCUUUGAUAAUGUUUCUAGAAAAUUAUCUCAACUGGUGAAGGAAUACGAAGAGGUGAUGAAUGAAAGCUGGGAGGAUUAUCAACACUUUAGAAAAAACAUAUGUCUAAUGGAUAAAUUUCUCGAAGAAAAAACAAACCACCACGCCGAUCAUCACGACGAUCAUCACGACGAUCAUCACGAUGGUCACGGUUACCAUUAUGACCACGAAAAAUUCACCAGUAGGUACAACCAACUGAUGGAGACAUUCAAAGGUAGCUUCAAAUCGAUUGGGGAAAAGUUAAUAUGUGGUGAGAAAAAAAUAAGAACAGAAAAGAAAAAGGUAGAAACGUACUGCACCAUGCUCAUUAGGACUAGCCAAACCAACAUCGACUUAGAUACAAUUCAAGCAUUUUUGCAUAACGCAACUCAUCUUCUUCUUUCCAUUGGGAAGAAGAGACAAGACAUCGAAAAUCUCUUCAAUGCGAAUGAAUAUAUCUUUAGCAACAAAUUUAAGGCCAUCUCCUGCAGAAGCGCAAACGGGGGAGGCCAAUCUGGACUAGCACCACCUCCGCCAGACAGGCAAAUGAUUGACUACCUCACCACAAAGGAGGAAAUAAAAAAUAACCUCCUCAUUUUUUAUCUUCUAGAUUAUCAGAUCAGGGUGUGUAUUGGGCAAUCCAAUAGGCAAAUUGGGGGGGUACCAUGCCACGCGGAGCUCAAGGAUAGGAACCCAGCAUACACAUCUAGGGCCUCCAUCAAAAUGGAAAGAUCGCCCAGGGAGGUGCAUACUGGCAAAGGGGGAUUCAACGGGGCAAGAGUCGUUACCCCCCUUAGCACCGUUAGUACUAUUACCCCUACGAACGGAGCCAACUUCUCCAACUCAACACCCCCCCGCACCUACCAGAUAAACGUUGAGGACAAAUUUAACCACGUCCAGAACCGCAUCUAUGAAAUUGGAACAUUCCGUAAAAUAGAAAAAAGAUACGAGCUGGAUAUAGCACGGGAUAACUCCAUUGUGAGUAAUUUUUUUCUCUCUCACAUGAUAGGUUCGCAUCUCUCCAACUUGGUGUUCUCCAAAGCUACCGGCGUGCAGGAGAGUUCAGAUGAUUACCUCACCUUUGGCCUCUUUCAUAAGGAGGGGGUACCCAAAGGGGAGGAAGAACAACAAAGGGCGAGCAGGAUCGAUCAAAUGGGAGAGAAACAAUCCGCGGAGGAAUCUUCAUGCGGUACGGUUCUACCGGAGAAAUAUGGCUCUAAAGCAGACACUGUGGAAGAAAAUGAGACCGACACUUCCCAUGCAGAGAGUAACGUCAAAUGGACACAAAGAAUCACACCGAGUGGGUUGAAGGUAAAACGGAGCGGCAAGGGGACCACCGAAGGGGGAACGGAUAAGCAUACUAAAAUCAGCAAGGAAAGAGAUUCAGAGGAACGGAAUAGGAGAAAGAAAAAUGAACCAGACAUCGCAAAAGAUCAGAGCUAUGGGAAGAUUGACCCCCCCGAUGGAUCCUCGUACGAGGAGAAUUUCAUUUUCCGAAGGGAAUAUGUCGAUGUGAAGUUCCUACUCUACACAUGUAUGUACAUUAUCCACCUAAUAAGUAGUGUUGUCCAAAAAACUCCAUCGAAGGAUUUCCCCAAGGAGAAACAACCAAAAUACAACCACUUGCUAUUCAUCUCAUACGACCUUUCACAUGUUAUAUAUAAAAACAAUAUAUUGACUGACAAUUUAAACAAGAAGCAAAUCCAUCAAAUCCAGGUGAAUGACCUCAUGGUAAACAAGAAGGCUAUGUCUUCUUUUGUAUUUUGUCCUGAUCAGAUAUCACGCAGAACAGAGCUGAUUCACUUGUUCAAAUUUGAGAAGGAGACCGUUUCUGAAUUGUUCGAAGGAACAUUUGCUCAACUUCGCGGUCUACGUUCCGUCAGUGGAAACGAGAUACAUCUUGGGAAGAUACACAGCGAGUACGCGGACGACAUCUUCACCCUAGCCACUUACUUGAAAAUCCUCUUAAAGAAAAUCGCCUACUUUACCUUCCGCUGUAUCUAUAAGCGUCACGAGUCGCUAUGCACAGAACGAAUAAACAUCAUGCAGAAAAACCUGCUCCAAAAAUUUAAAGAAUUAAGUGAAAGGCUCAAAGUUACAGACAUAGGGGAAAACACAGCUAGCUACGUUGCAAAGAGGAAAGAAGCCAUAAAGUCCCUAUUCCAUUCAUACGUUUCAGCGAUAAGGAGCAUUUUAACAAACCACCUGAGCUACUUACACGAUAAUCUGUGUAACAAUUCCAUUUUCUUUGUUCAUAUAUUAAGUCUCUUGUCCCCUGGCUCUUUCUCAAGUGGAAGCAUUAGAAACCCUCCCCAAGAGAAGGCAAACUCAAAAGGGGAGGGAAAUGUAGCUUUUUUAAAAAUUCACCACGUGGACAUGUCGGUUGACUACGACCUGAGUGAUAUCGUCAAAAAGAUCAACAAGGCCUAUGGCCCGACGGGCGACCACAGACAAUUGGACAAAGGCGUGAAGCAAAACCCCAGCUCGGAAGUGCUUUACCUGCCAUACAGUGAGGAAAACCUCUACAUUGCGAAAAAAGUCGAACAAAAAAUGAACAAAUACGAGGACAGGCUUUACGCACACAUGGCAAAAGCACUGGACGAGAAGAAGAAGGAAAUAAUAAAAAUAAUUACCAACGAUGUGAAAGAGCACCGAAGGUAUUACUAG